AAUACCAUUGAUAAUGUUAGGAAAAAUAAUUUGUAAGGUAUAAUGCUAUCACUUAAUUAUCAUAGGAGAUUUAAAAUAAAAGUUUCAAUAUACUCUAAACAAUAAUUUUUUUUUAUGAGAGACCAAGAACAAAAUUCAAUCAUUUACUGACCACCUUAAACAUAUUUUAAUUUUUUUUUUCUUCUCUCAAGUGAUUGCUCUGGACUCUUCUUCCUAGUAUUUCAUUUCCGUAUCAUUGAUUCCACUCCAACACAUCCAAUUCACUCAAACUCAGUAAUGGCUCUGCAGGAAGAAGGGUGGCCUUUGGGUUUGAGACUAUUCAAUGAAAGAAUUGGGUUAGCAAGAAAUGGUGAUUUCUCUGGAUCAGUCUCCUUCAGCACUAUGCUCACUGCUUCUCCCACCCGUUCAACUGAUUCUUCCUCAGAUCUUGACACACAGUCCACUGGAUCAUUCUUCCGCGAUAAGAGCAUCACUCUUGGCAGCCUUAUUGGUAUUUCUAGCUUCCUAGAACUAUCAAGGAGAUCAACCAGGGGAAGAAUAUUGGUGGAACCCUCAAAGGACAACAAAAAGAUUAACAAGCUGAGGCCUUGGUUGUUCUCACUUUGUUCAAUGCUAUCUACUGAUGCAGUGAGUGUGAAUGUUGCUCCCUCUCUUGGUCACUAUCUUGUGGCAGAGAGAAGAGCUGCAAGUACUCACAGAAGGAAUAAUCAAUGUUCAACCAUUUAUGGACCUAAUGAUUUCUCCCAAGUUCAGGAGUCCAACUCGCUAUUUGUUGGUGGCCAAGGUGCUGCUCAUAGUUCAUCAACUUCACUAGGUGAAGAUUGUGGAAGAGAGUCAAAUAAAGCAUUGGAGCAAAGCAAUGAAUAUGCAGCACCAAUAAUUUGUUGUUUGUGCAGAUAAAUCAACAAAUGAUGAUCGCCCUUUGUUACUCAUUUCCUGUAUAUUUCAUUCCAAGGAUCUUGGAGUUCUUUAACUGUUGCUUCAUAAUCUCAAUUUUUCUCUCUUGUUUGUUCACUAAUUUUCAAGGACUUAGAAUCUA